CCCUCCCUCCCUCUUCUUUUUAACCAAACCCUAGUCAAGAACCUCUCGCGAGUUCAGAACACACCACACGCAGUCCGCUCAGGAAUGAAUGUGACCUGGUCUUACCCUUCUUCCAUGCUUUCUGCGUCGUGGGUCAAUCUAGGUCUUUCGUGAGGUCUAUUUAGUUUCGGUUUCUUGAACACUCCGAGUUCACUCGAGUCAUUUCGCUGUGUUCGCUCGCUUUUGACUGUCUCGACAUGGACAACUACCACCAGUUCAACAACCACAUCCUCGCCAAUGGCGACGGGCAUUUGCCUCCGGGCUUCCGGUUCCACCCCACCGACGAGGAGCUCAUCACGUACUACCUACUCAAGAAGGUCCUUGACAGCAGCUUCACCGGACGAGCAAUCGCCGAGGUCGACCUCAACAAGUGCGAGCCCUGGGAGCUUCCCGAGAAGGCGAAAAUGGGGGAGAAGGAGUGGUACUUCUUCAGCCUGCGGGACCGGAAGUACCCGACGGGGCUCCGGACAAACCGGGCGACGGAGGCGGGGUAUUGGAAGGCGACGGGGAAGGACCGGGAGAUCUACAGCGGCAAGACGGGGUCGCUGGUGGGCAUGAAGAAGACCCUCGUCUUCUACCGUGGACGAGCCCCGAAGGGCGAGAAGAGCAACUGGGUCAUGCACGAGUUCCGCCUCGACGGCAAGUUCGCCUACCCCUUCCUCUCCCGCUCCUCCAAGGAUGAGUGGGUGAUCUCCCGCGUUUUCCAGAAGUCCAGCAACGGCUGCGGCGUCGCUGUCCCUUGUGGUGGCAAGAAGACCCGCUUGGCCUCCCACAUGAACCUCUACCCAGAAAUUGGCUCCCCCUCGGUCUCUCUCCCACCACUGCUCGACUCCUCUCCUUACACCACCACCACCACCACCACGGCGUUCAUCGACCGUGUCCCCAACUCUUAUGACAGCUCAACCCUUAAGGAGCACGUGUCCUGUUUCUCCACGGCCGCUGCCGCCUCCUCGGCAACCCACAAUUUCGGCAGCAACCCUAGCUUCCAGUUGGCUCCUCCCACGGCUUCCCUGAUCAAUGUGACUGACCCAAUGGCCCGACUCUCCAGGAGCAUUGGCGUCUCGGCUUUCCCGAGCCUGAGGUCCCUGCAGGAGAAUCUCCAGCUGCCUUACUUCUUUUCAGCUAACCAGCAUCUUAGUGGUGGAAUCGGUGAAUUGGUCGGCUCGACUUCAAGCUCUUUGGGGAAUUGGUCGGCUCUGGAUGAUCAGAAGGCGGUGGCCCUCGGUAGCCGUAUGGGAAUGGGCUCAUCGGAGCUCGACUGCAUGUGGAACUUCUGAUGUCGCACUGCAUGCGUUCUAGGGUUUCUAAUUGAACUUUCUUUAUCUGUGUUAUGUGAGCUGUCUGUUAAGGUCAAGUUAUCAUUAGGGAAGUGUGUUUGCUAUUGUGGUAUUUUUAGGUAGCUUAGUGUUAAUCCCUGAGGGAUUAUUGUUGUUGUGCUAGCACGUAGACUGUACUACGUUGGAGUUCCCAGUAUUAUAUUAUGCAAGUUGGAAUCCGUAUGUAUUAUGCAUGCUUCAUCAUUA